AUGCCAAAAGGGUCAGGUAUUGCUAAUGUUUUUCGUCGAUCACAGUCCGUGCAUGAAACUGGUGAAAGUGGACGUAAUUGGAUUAAGCCCAAUGCUCUUGAAGCAAGGUUGAGAGCAAUGGAUGUAGAACUCCAAAAAAGCAAGAGUACAAAGCAGCGAAAAAUCUCUACAAUGAAUUUACAGAAGUUAAGGGAGAGGUUGGGACGGGCAGUGUCCAAUUUUAUACUCUAUAAUCGUAUUCCCUUCAAUGUAGUUGAUUCAGAGUGUACACAAUCCAUGCUUGAUGUUGCUGCUAAAGUAGGGGCAGGAGUAAAGGGUCCUGGUGGUUAUGAAGUUUCUGAAGUAUAUUUGAACAUGGAGCAUGAUGAAAUGACAGAAUGGAUAAGAUCAUUCAAGGAAAUUUGGUUAGAGAGAGGUGUAUCCAUCAUGUGUGAUGGUUGGAACAAUCUAACUCGGCAACACAUCAUCAACUUCUUAGUGUACUGCAAUAGAGGUACUAUAUUUCACAAAUCAAUUGAUGCCUCUAAUAUUAUUAGUAGGACUGUUGAAUAUUAUUUUGGGUUGUUAGAUAAAGUUGUUGAUAAAAUUGGAGAGCAAUACGUUGUUCAAGUGGUGACUGAUAAUGAACCUGCACUGAAAGCUACAGGCAAAAUGUUAAUGAGAAAAAAGAAAACAUUUAUUUUGACAACUUGUUUGGCACAUUGUAUCGAUCUCAUGCUAAAAGACACAGCCAAUAAGAAAAGUGUAACAAAGGUGAUUGAAGAUGGUAAAACCAUCACCAAUUUCAUUUAUAAUAGUGGAUGCGUGUUAGAUUUAAUAAGAAAAUUCACUAGAAAUAGAGAAUUGAUUCGACUUGCCAUCACUCGAUUUGCUACAAAUUUUAUUGCCAUUAAGAGUAUUGUUAGAUAUAAACAACAAUUGAGAGCUAUGUUUAAUAGUGAUGAGUGGAAGAAUUCUAAAUGGGGGAAGGUAAAGACUGGGCAGCCUUACAAGGUGAAAAAAAUUAUUUUGGGAAAGGAGUUUUGGCAAAAAGCAAUAGAACUUUGUAAAGUUCAUGAGCCACUAGUCAGAGUAUUGAGGUUGGUUAAUGGGGAUGAGAAGCCAACAAUGGGUUUCAUAUAUGAAGCUAUAGAUAGAGCAAAGUUGGCAAUUAAAAGAGAUUGUCGCUGCUACACCGAGUAUUGGAAAAUUAUUGAUACUCGAUGGUCUUUUCAAUUGCAACAAGAUUUGCAUACGGCUGAAGAUGAUGAUCCAAUAAGUCCAUGGAUAGAAGAAAGGGAAAAUCCUUUGCUAGAUGGUGUGGAUAAUUCUGAAUGGCUAGAUUUGGUCUCAGAUGAUGAUGGUGGUGGUGGCAACGACAGCAAUGGCGAUGGCGGCGAUGGCAGCGAUGGAAACGAUGGUGGUGGCAGCCAUAGAUAUCAACCUCGACGCACUUCUCAAAGCUCAACUCCUACUCCAACUCAAAGUGAUAAUAGUGGUGGUUUAACACCAUCUGAUGGAGAAGGUGAUGAUGGUGAUGGUGAAGGCACUUCUCACGGUGACGGUGGUGGUGGUGGCGACAAUGGUGGUAAUGAUGGUGAUGGUACUAGUUUUGGUGCAAGAAGUGAAGAUUUUAUUUGA